CGCGGCACGUGCUACCCACCAUCUGGUAGUUGUGGCGGCGGCACCUCGCUCUCCCGCGAAGCAAUCGAAGAACGAUCGACGAAGCGAAGAGAAGAAGAGGUAGCGAUGUGCCAAAUCCCUAACCCUAUCUCGUCUCCUAGUCCCAGUCCGAUCCCGAGCCCUGGCCCCGACCCUGACCCCGGCGGCGAGGAGAGCAGCUCCGCCUUCGCCGUCGCCGCCGUCGUCCAGCAGCUCGUCGCCAUGCUCCCCGCCCCUGACCACGAUAAGCGGGAUGCUGCCCUCCUCGCUCUCCUCAACCUCGCCGUCCACAACGAGUGAAAUAAGGAUAGAAUAGUGAAGAGUCGUGCUGUGCCGCAUCUAGUGGAGCUCCUCAGGUCUCAGAAGAACAAUCUAAGAGAGCCACUGCAGCAGUGCUGACGCUCUCAGCUUCAACACCUAACAAACCACCUAUUGCCACCUACGGAGCAGUGCCCCUUCUUGUUCAAAUACUCAUUGCAGAAGCAGUUAAGCCUCUCCUGACCCUUUUAAAGGACUGCAAGAGAUACUCUAAGUUUGUUGAGAAGGUCACUGGUCUAUUGGAAAUCCUGUCCAGAACUGAAGAAUUUGAGUAGUUGCCAGGAGACAUAUGGGGAUCUUUAUCCUAAAAGAAGGUCCAAUUCCAGGACUUAUGUUGUUAAUUUUGGAGGGCACAAAGAAGGCCUGGGAGCGGGCUCACAACCUUUUGGAUCCGAGAUGACUACACUAAAAAGAAAGUUGUGUCGAAGGAACUGGAGAUUCUAGUUUAUGACAUUGCUACUCAGGUUAAUGGUCCAAUCAAUGCUGCAACAACAGCGAAGAAAUUAAUGGAGGAUAUGGCUAGAUGAGAUACAGAAUAUACCAUCACCAAGGUUCAGCCUUGACAAAGACACCAUUAAAGAUCGAUAGGAGGAAGCACAUCCUGAUGUUUAGUUGGCUGUUCGGAAAGCGCAAGGAGGAGCCAAAUACCUUGGCUACACUGGAAGAACUCAAUGAGAAACUCAAAAUGCUAGAGAAAAGGGAGCAAUUUCUUCUGAAGAAGAUGGCUGCUGAGGUUGAGAAAGCUAAGGAGUUCACCAGAGAAAACAACAAGAGAGCUGCUAUACAAUGCUUGAGAAGGAAAAAACUUCAUGAGCAAGAAGUUGAGAGGCUUGGGAACUACCAAUUGCGGAUUCAUGAUCAGAUUAUAUUGUUGGAAGGUGCAAAAUCUACAACAGAGACUGUUGAUGCAUUAAGAACUGGAGCAGCAGCUAUGAAGGCUAUGCUGAAAGAUACUAAUAUUGAUGAUGUGGAUAAGACAAUGGAUGAAAUCAAUGAGCAGACACAGGAAAUGAAACAAAUUCAGGAAGCUUUGUCUGCUCCUAUUGGAGCAGCAGCUGAUUUUGAUGAAGAUGAAUUGGAAGCAGAACUUGAAGAGCUGGAGGCUGAUGAACUGGCUGAACAACUACUUCAGCCAGCAACAACUGCUCCUGCUCCUUCAGUGCAUGUUCCUGUCCAUAGACAACCAACUCAGCCAGAUCCACAGAAAACGCCUCCUGAAGAAGAACUUUCAGAAUUACAAGCUGAGAUGGCCAUCUAGAGAGAUGGUUUGCUUUUCAUCUCUACAAUGAAUGGCAGAAUUGCUACUUGCAGUUCAUGAUAAUACAAUUAUCGUUGUUGCUGCUGGUCUAGCUGAUAGUUACUGGCGGAAAUAUUUGUAAAGUUCAUGAUCGAGUAUGAGGAGCCUUGUGAGAUAAUGAACAAACUUCUGUUGUGUUUUGCUUAUCUUUCUAUUUUUUACUUGGUAAUUACAGCUCAGAUUGCUUCUAUGAUUUCUACUGUGCUUGGUAUGUUGGUAUGACAAAUUUUGAGUUGUGUGUGGGUGUA